UCUCUCUCUCUCUCAGUCAGUUUUACUUUAAGAUGGGUUUGUUUUUACCGUCACGCAGUUCCUCAUAUUUAUGAUGAUGUUUUGCUCCGGUGUUUGGAUCUGGAUUAUAACAGCAGCUGACGAGGAGCCUCGUGUGUCUUCAUCUGCGCAGACGCGUUUGUUUUCACACGCGCUUUACCACUAACUACCAUCACCGAAACUAACUAACCGAAGACAUGCUGAACUAUUCAUAUCAAUACCCAUAUGGAGGCGCUGUCAGUGGUGAGUGAGGAUCAGUCUUUAUUCGAGUGUAGAUACGAAGAGUCUCAGUGUAAGACAGAGAUGACGGCUUCAUCCGUUGGUGAAUACGAUUCAAGUAAACUCAGUCCCAGAGCGCCGCCGCAGCAUCAUCAGCAGCAGCAGCAGGAUUGGUUGUCUCCGCCCGCCACUCGCGUCACAGUUAAGAUGGAGUGCGGCACAGGAGCUGCACAGGUGAACGGGUGCAGAAGUUCUCCUGGGGAUUGUAAUGGAGGUAAAGGAAAAAUCUCUUCUGCUGCUAACCUGCCAGUAACCUUCACUAACUACACAGAGGAUAAACACUUGUCACCACCCAACAUCAUCACCAAUGAACGGAGAGUUAUUGUACCUGCAGAUCCAAGCCUGUGGUCUACAGAUCAUGUCCAGCAGUGGUUAGAUUGGGCUGUGAAGGAAUAUUCUCUUCCAGAGGUGGAUGUGUCUCUGUUUCAGAGCAUUGAUGGGAAAGAGCUCUGUAAGAUGAACAGAGAUGAACUUCAGCGUCUCACCUGCACGUACACAGCUGAUGUUCUUCUGUCUCACCUGCAUUACCUCAGAGAGACUCCUCUUCCUCACUUGACCUCAGAUGAUGUUGACAAAGCCUUGCAAAACUCUCCACGUUUAAUGCAUGCGCGCAACACAGGUGGAGCGAGUUUUAUUUUUCCAAACGCCUCCAUUUAUCCAUCAGAUGCUCCGCGCUGUCAAAGCAGAGCAGACAUGAAUUAUGAUGGUGUGAGACGUUCUGGGUGGCCUCAACCACUGACUGGAUCUAAAGUUCCUCAGAGUUCUGCUGCUGCUGUUAUGACCAAAACUGAAGACCAGAGGGGCCAACUGGAUCCAUAUCAGAUUUUGGGACCCACCAGCAGCAGGUUGGCUAAUCCAGGCUCCGGUCAGAUCCAGUUAUGGCAGUUUCUUCUGGAGCUUCUGUCGGACAGCUCAAACUCAUCCUGCAUCACCUGGGAGGGCACCAACGGAGAGUUUAAGAUGACCGACCCGGACGAGGUCGCCCGCCGCUGGGGCGAGAGGAAAAGCAAACCCAACAUGAACUACGACAAGUUGAGUCGAGCUCUUCGUUACUACUACGACAAAAACAUCAUGACCAAAGUCCACGGCAAACGCUACGCUUACAAGUUUGAUUUCCACGGCAUCGCUCAGGCCCUGCAGCCCCACCCGCCGGAGUCAUCCGUUUACAAAUACCCCACGGAUCUGCCCUACGUGAGCUCCUAUCACCAUCAGAAGAUCAACUUUAUGUCUCCUCACCAUCAGACCAUGCCCGUCGUCACGUCCUCGGGUUUCUUCGCCGCCCCGAGCCCUUACUGGAGCUCUCCAGCGGCGGGCAUUUACCCCGGUCCCCGUCACCCUCCUCCACACAUGUCGUCACAUCUGGGCUCCUACUACUGAACACCAAACAGGAUCUGAACCAGCAAACCAGUCCACCACAGCGGGGAAACGUCACUCUCGCCGUAUUUACAACAGGAAAAAGAUGGAGACUGUUCAGAAUAAAGAGUCGUAGGUGCUACGAGAAAACCAAUGACGGUAUAUCGUAAGAUACGCUCACAGAUCUCUUAUGUUAGGGUCACAAAAAAUGUGUUGGAAAUGUGAAAGAGUCAUCAGACGGCAAUAUAACGUGUAAGAAGGGCUACUUACAGUAAGAUGCAUGAUCAGUACUUAAUAAUCAAUGUUUUAUGCAUUAAACUGCCUUAUUUUAUUAAACAGACAUAUCAGAAGGUUUAAGAGCUGAAGACUGUAAGACAGACAGACAGACAGACAGACAGGUGACGGGAUGUUGAGAAUAAAUGUGUGUUUUUAUCAGUAUUAUGAAGAUCCAUCAGACGAGAUAUUUGCAUCUUUGAAAACUGGAAUCUGAUUCUUUAAAAAGUUCUUUAAAAGACGGAGGUGGGUUUUUAGAAAUCAGUGCCUUAUACAGAGAUUUACCCGUAAAUAUAAAUCUGUAUUAUUAUUAUUAAUUUUUAAUAUCGAGUUUUGAUUCACGAACGCUGUGCGUUUGUUAGAGUAUACAAUUCAGUGUUAUAAUACUUUUUAUAUAACAGAUAUAUAACUUAUAUGCAUUUAAACACUACGAGUUGAUCUCAGCCAGCCAAAGACAUUUAUCAAAGAUUUAUGAAGAAGCACUCGUUGCCUUUGAAUAAAGCUCAAUAUUAUCAGUUGUUUACAAUGCAAUGCUCUCGUGCUCGCGUACGACCCGUAUGCGUUUGGUCUGGCACAGAACACAGGCUCAGAUCUCUGUUCGACUGAACCCAGAUCAGUUCAGGAUGCUCAGAGAAGAUGAUCUGAUGAUCUGAGAUUAUUGACAAAGGGAAGACAUCAUAUACUUAUAUGGUUUUCUACUGAACUGAUAUAAAUAAAGUCUUUUCAAAAACUU